AUGCCGCUGCCACGCGCACCCUGGACGCUCGCAAAGACAGUCACUUCGGUUGCAGCGCUGGGGUUCGUGCCAGUGGCCAUCAAGUUCGGGUUGUUCGACAUUCUCGUGGAGAUUGGGAAACCUGCCCAGGGGAAAGAAGUUCUCAUGGCGUACCAGCACUCUGCCAACGGUGAUGAGAAGAAUAUACCCUACGACGCAUUGUACGCCAUGGCGGGACUCGGUUUGGUGGACAUGACAGUCAAGUGCGCCUACUCCGCCAACGACAUUACCAAGCAUUUAGUGCAUACACCCUCGGCUCAACACGGAGCGUUGCAUUUCACGACCGAAGCUCUCCUGGCGGGUGCAUUUCUCAUGCGUCGACUGGAGAGUGAUGGCUAUCAAUAUCCAUUCCAGGAGCUCCAGACACCAUUGCAGUUUGCAUACCAAAAGAUGGGGAAUGACGAGCUGGCCCAACAGCAUACGUAUGAUAUUAUGGCGGCUGAAGGACGAAUGGACAGCUUCAAUCGGUUCAUGGUGGGCAAGUUUAUGAAAACAGCCACCGCUCCGGAACGACUGGCACGGUUACGGUACGAUCUCGAACCAGUCCUCCAGGACGCCAGGUCUCGCCGCGUCAUCGCGAUGGUGGACAUCGGUGGCGGCCGCGGGGAAAUGAUGCUAGAAUUCAAGCAGGCUUUUCCCGACUUGACCGACAAGGAUCUGGUGGUGCAGGAGUUCAACCAAGAGAUCCGGGAGAUCCCCGGUCUCACACUGUCCACAUGGGACUACAAGGAUGAUGGCAGUAAGCAACCGAUUGAGGGGGCAGGAGUGUAUCACUUGGCACAUAUUCUGCACAAUCUCCCUGAUCUAGAUGCCGCACGCCUGCUGCAAAAGCUCUCGCAGGCUAUGCACCCACAGUCGCGCUUACUGAUCCAUGAGUUCACCAAGAAUGCCAACAAUGCAAAAAUACAUGCCAGUAUGAUAGCGUUGUUUGGGGGGCGAGAGAGAAGUGCGAGCGAGUGGCGCCAGCUGGCGGCGGUGGCAGGCCUCAGGGUCACCUUCGAGGCCUGUCCGGAGACAGGAGAGGGGCUUGUGGAGAUGAGAAAGCUUUGA